AAUGAAUUCAUAAUUUUCUCCACAACCAAAAGUAGAAUAAGAUGCUUAACAAUAACCUUAUUCUUUACCACCUCCUAUUACAAACUAAGAUAGAAUCUAAUAUUACCCUGUUUUCUAUAUUAAACAGAAUAAGUAUUAUUCUUCCCUUAUAAAAUUAGUUUACCUAAUCAUCCCAAUUUAUAAUAAUUACCAACUGAUCAUUAAAAUUGUUGGUUUGUCUGUCAUCCUGUUAUGUAAAAUGAUCCUUUCUUUCCUUAUAUAUCUAACAUUUCUAAUUAUAUUCAUAAACCAUCUAAUUUCAAUCCAGAAAUACCUAUUAAAAUUGAAGAUGAAGUAGAAAUCAAAUAACCCAAUCUUAAAUAACACUCCUAAUAGCAAUCUUAGAACUAAAAUAAUUAAAAAAUAAAGAACAAAAAGCAAAAAGAUUAACAUAAAUUUAAAAGAAACGAUAACAAUAACCAAGACUUAGAAAUAUAACCAUGUAAUUGCUCUUAAAGUAACUGUCUUAAAAGAUAUUGUGCUUGCUUUCAUAGCGGCAGAAUGUGUUUAGAUGAAUGUUAAUGUAAAGAUUGUAAAAAUUGCUCUGAUUUUUCUGAAGAAAGAGAUGAAGCCAUUAAUCAUGUAUAUAAAAAAUGUCAUCGAGAUAAAAAAGUCCCUGUUAAUGAAUUAUUAUCAUUAUAAAUGAGUUAUGGAUGUAAAUGUAAAUCUACUGGAUGUUAAAAAAAGUAUUGUGAAUGCUUUAAAAGAGGAUAAAUCUGUGGCGAAUUUUGUUCUUGUGAAGAUUGUCUCAAUAUUCCAAUUAGUUUAAGUCAAAAAGAUCUUAAGAAAAAUAAAACUGUAUUAAAAUGA